UAAUGGAUUUUGCAAAAUAGCAGAGAUACAUCUACCGUUGUAAUCACGCGGAUCAAACGACAAGCUCAACGAUUAACUUGACUAUUUUUAUACAGAAGUCUACCUGUAACCUUAAUGAAAAGGGAAGUAACCAUCGGUACACCUCGGUUCAUAUUUGCACUUUCACUUUGGAUAAUAGAAAUGCGACCAGAUGAACACAAACGGAAGAAAAGUGCCCAGUAUCAAAAUAAAAAGAAACACACCGCUUCAGACAAGCAUGAAGGGAAAUUACCGGUAAAGAAAGAUGUUGAUGAAAAUUUAAAGAGACCUGGUACCGAAAAUUUGGAUGGUAAAAAAGAAGCAGCUGAUAGCUCUGAUGGUGCUAAAUUUUCCAGAAGAAAACUGACAAGUAAUUGGGAAAAGUAUGAAAUACAAAAUGAAGAGGACCCUCAUCUUGGAAUUACACAGAGGGGGGAAAGCUUUGAAAAACUGUUAAAGUCUGCGGGAGCCUCAAAUUCUCAGUUUCGAUUCAAGGAUGAGACAUUCUGGGAAGAUGAUGUAUCAGAUUUACCGACUACCUGGAUGACAGUUGAUGUAAUGGCUCUGGCUGACAGUCUGGAUUCUCUCACUCUCUGUCAAAAGUUCAGUAUAAGCAAGGAACAUUUCACAGAUGAUCAGUUAAAAGUCAUGAAAGUGGAGACAGAGGAAUGCUCUAAAGGUGUAUCUGGAUCCUCUCAAAUAAAACUAAAUCAAAGGGAGAAUUCAAACUUAGUGACUCCAGCAAAGACAGAAGGAAGUCAACUAAAUAAAUGUUUAACCAGAGAAAUAAUCUCAUCUGAACAGUCCCUUGAUAUGUUAGCUUCCUCAAACAAUGACUCACCACACAGCUGUAUCAAUGACAAAGACCUAGAUUCUUUAUUGUCUGUGGAAACAGUGGAAAAAUCACCAAACCUAAAGCAUUCAGAAGCUGCAGAUGACACAUCAGCAAAUGAAUUGGAAGACUGGCUAGACAGUGUGUUGGAUUAGAGAACAGGAGGCAAGUCACAGAGAGUUACAGUUGCCAUCCAUUUUGUUCUUCCGAUUCAUUUAAGAUUUAGGAGCAGCUUCUACUCUUCCACCCUCUCACGCCUUUGUAAUUCAUAACAUGCAUUUGAUUAUAUGUGUUAUAUAUUGAUUGUAUGUUGAAAAAUGCAUGCAAAUGCAAAAACUACAAAUUAAAACUGCAUUAUUGGCAAAGCAAUUGAAAUUUCUAUUUUAUUGAUUGAAAAGUGUAUUCAUUAAGGUCUUGAUAAGAAUGCUAUUGCCAUCGUAUUAAAGCAAUCGAAAGAAAAAAGGACAAGAGCAUAUUUGUAUUUUGUUUUAUUAAAAUUUUGUGAAAUCAAAAUGUUUUGCAAACAUGCAUUAUUAAUAAACAUUUAAGUUUAUGAA